AUAAUUGUUUUGUUUAUAAAUUCAGGUAUUCUGGAAUUCAUCAGUGUGGCAGUGGGACUGGUCAGUAUUAGAGGUGUGGACAGUGGCCUUUACCUUGGAAUGAAUGACAAAGGAGAACUAUAUGGAUCAGAGAAACUGACUUCUGAAUGCAUCUUCAGGGAGCAGUUUGAGGAGAACUGGUAUAAUACCUAUUCGUCCAAUGUAUAUAAACAUGGAGACACUGGCCGCAGGUAUUUUGUGGCACUUAACAAAGAUGGAACUCCAAGAGAUGGUGCCAGGUCCAAAAGACAUCAGAAAUUUACACAUUUCUUACCUAGACCAGUGGAUCCAGAAAGAGUUCCAGAACUGUACAAGGACCUGCUGAUGUAUACUUGAUGUGUGACAAUGUCUUUAUCAAAGAACCAGAAAACAACCUGCUUUCUUAUCACAGUUCUUAUCAUAAAAUGACAGCCCAGGAAGACAUUCAGAGUAUCAUGGAGUCUGUUUUCCACCAGAGACUGAAUUUGUGAAGAAUAUUAAGAAAAAGCAAAACAAUAUUUUGACUUGAAGUAGGUCGAAAUCACUCUUUAGAAGUGUAUUAUGUUCCCUUAGAUACAUUGGCUCAGUCUACCAGUAGACUGAAGCUGAAAAUCUGUUGAACUUGGAUAAUGGGAACCCACCUAAUUUGCUGCUGGUGCCUCACCUCUCUGGAUUAUGUUUACUUUGAAAGUUACAUUAAAAAUAGAUACUUCAUGUUGAAGAAAUGGAAUGACAUCACUGGCCAAGAUUAUUGCUAUGUAAAUUUGAGGGCCUUGUAGAAUUUUGCAAGUUAUGGCAUUAUAUGUUAAACAAAACAAAACAAAAAAAUCCUGGGUGAAAUGUGGACUUAAAACAUGUAACACCAAGAUGGAACGUUGUUUUUUUAAAGAAUGGACUUAUUUAUACAUUUUCAAUUUGGAAAUAUUUAUUAUAUAUAUUUAUUUAUUAAAGAGUUUAUUUUUUACUGGUGUAUGAAGAUAAGAGUAAAAAACAACAAAAUUCCUUUAUUGUGCCAUUACUUUGUUGUGGUAUCUUGAGCUGUAAAGACAUCCUAUUGUAACCCAUUAAUCAUAGAAUAAGAUCUUGAAUUUCUCUUAAAAAACAUAGCAUAAAUUAUAUUUGUAUUCAGUCGUUGCCUUCUAAAUGUAAGUUUGGUUUCUUUUGGCUUAGAAAAAUGCUGUAUUGACUUGUAUUGAGCUCAACACACAUUCAAAAGGGAAUUAAAUAUUUUGACUUUAAGUUUGGUUUCAUUGCUUUUUAAGUGAAAGUUCUAAUUACAUAACAGUGAAAAAUGAUAAUCUCCCAAAAGAAGACUUUUGUUGAAAAUCAAGAAACAUAAUAGCUAAUUUAUAUUUACUUAUUUUCAUGGUUUCAUGUGUGAAGACUGUUUCUUUUGCCCAAUAUGAUUACGUAAAGAAUUAUUCUUUUUGGCACCUUCAAUAACAAUGAUGAGGCCUUACCUACCUGAGUGUGGUAUCCUCUCCAUUGUAUCUACUAUUAAGUCAUUUAUUCAACAUAUAUUCAUUAAAGGCUAUUGUACACCACUUUGUUAGUCACUAAGGAAAAUGUAAUUAAGACAAAGGUGGACCCUGCAUCAUGAACUUAAUGUCUGGCAAGAGAGACAGACAGUAAAUAAAUUAAUAAAUAUUGUAAUUGCUGAUUAUGUUGUGUUCUACAAGGAAAACAAGCUCUGGAUACAGAAAAAAAGAAUAAACCAAGAUAGGAUGAGUCAGAGAAGGUUUCUCUAAGGAGGUGAAAUUUG